AGUAGCGUGACCAGUGCAGGGGAUGGGGAUUGGCGAGUGGGGGCGACAGGGUCCCGAGGCGUGCUGUAUUGAUCCGCCUCUUCCAUCUCUCUUCUCGUCCACUGCGCCUGACGUGGAGACUGGCGCGGCGAGUGCUGCGCAGCAAGGAACACCACUGCGCAGCGCGGCAGCAGAAGCGAACAUCCACCAACGGCAGCAAGGACUGAGUGUGCGCCUCGCUUGCAUCCGAGGGCUUCACCGUCUAUACAGCUCUGUGGUGCGAGUCGAAUGCCACAGGUGCGCGUUCUGGCGCGUGCUUUCUGUUGCCAAGCCCCUGAACUGGCGUAUUGAACUCGCACAGGUGGACGGACCGCAGGUUUCACGACUGACCUCCUGCGAAGCUCGGCGAAGCAUGCGUCGUAGAGACGCAUCCGGGUCACACUUUGCUGUUGGGCGACAGAACAUGAAGGUUGGGGGGGACAGCAGCUGACGACGAACACGACAGGAGCCUGUGAACCUGCGCACGCGCACGCACGUGCAAGUGGCCAGAAGGAAGUGUGUGGCGUGCCGUACUGAACACCGAGCUUUUGUCUGCCACGCAGCUAAUCUUUGGCGAGGAGACGAGUGGCGAGGAAUUCAUCUGCUGGCGACAGCGACUGCUGAGCAUGGACCGAGGACUAUAUUUAAAGCAUCCAAACUUGCCAGAGUCGACACUCGCUGAUAUACUAGCAUCCGUGUGUUUGUCCACCGGAAAUGAGGAAGUACUUGUGUAUUGAUCCUUGACUUGCAAAGGCUCACCAGCCUCCAACCCCCAGAACCUGAUGGUGGGAUGGGAUACAAAACAUCUGUUGGCAGGAGAGACACGUCCUUCCAUCGUAAGGGAGGAUUAUCCACUUGAACAGUGUACAUGUGUCACAGCAUGUUAACUACAUUCAUCCAUCGACUCCAGCGGUAGACAUUUGCUGCAUGCAGUGGGCUGUUGCUGCACUGGUCUACCGAUGUGUGCAGUAGACACUUUCUGUACUAGUCUAUGAGACCAGUGUGUUGUUGCUGCACUUGUUUGCUGGUGGUUGCAGCAGACGCUUGCUGCUGAAGUCUGGCGAGAACAAGGAAACGGAAUUCCGUGCUCAGAAAACCGCUGGCUGUUUACCCAUCAUCCUUUGAGGCUAUGGAUUAAUGCCGUAUUCUGACUGAGUAUUCCCAUCAGACCUCAAAGUCCAUCCUUGGAUUCCCUGAGUGAGUGGUUUGUGGUAAACACUGACUACUCUCGAGAAGAGCUGUCUGUACGAGGAAUGACAAGCAAGUACAAAAUAAAGACCCGCGCAUUGAUACGGAAGUGCAUUGUGGGCAGAGAGGAGAGGGGAAAAGAUCCGCCUGCACACCAUAUCAGUUGAAACAGAGCAUAACAAUAAACUCCGACAUUAGAGGUCACCUGCCUCGCCACAUGUGAGAUCUUGCACAUGGUGGUUGUUGUGAUGGAACCACAGGGGCAACAGGAAACGUGUAUUGCAAUUGUUGAAGUCGAAACAAAGAAGGCGGCUUUCAACGAAAUUUAGACUGAUUUUAAAAGUAGGGUCCGUAUUACAUCAGGUCGCUCAGAGACAUCUCUUAAAACAAUUUCAUACAGAUUUUACACUCUGCAACAACUAGGAAGUGGCGAACUCUGCAUCAUAACGAAACAUCAGGAUUGGAAGAUUUAGCAUGGAUACCCCAGCAAGCCAGUGCACACCCACAUCAGCUCAGCAGGCAGAAGCAGUUACAGUCCAAAAACACAGCUGAACGCCGGUCUCUUGGCGUGCAUGAUAGAAGCGGGGGAGGAAUAUUUGGGGAAUCGUGGAAAAAUUCUCUCAGUCGUUCCAAAACACGGUGGUGCACCUGUACAGUGCACCUGUCGAGGGUAAAAAUUAGACGCACGCGGCGAAGAUGUGUGGAACAGGAACCCCUGUCCUGACAGUAAGGUGCGACUAAACACCAGGCGAGGAAGGAUCACAAGUGGCAAAGAAAAUCCUGGUGUGGUCUGCUAGGAAGGACAGAAGAAUGCGCACAAUGUAGCCACGUCAGCUCAAGGGUGAAGACAGACACCCGCCUUUGAAGCUUAGAGAAAUGGUAAACAGUUGUAACAGGAAGAAGAGAAAGAGACCGAAGGGUGUUGUGAGGGACUUUGAACAAAUUGAUAUCUAGGUCAAGGUCAGCAGAUUAUUUUUCUUGUACCCACCUUCCCUACCCCUUUAUGACAUAGUUACUCGGCAAAAUGUCAAGAAGUGGUCUGGGUGCACGCACGGUGUAGGAUGAGAUAAAGUGGAAAUGUGAUAGACUGAGACCUUCACGUGUAGGCAUCACAGCAGUGAAUCUUUGUGUCUGCAUACAAUUCCGGACCUGGCACGGCCUGGGAGUGUGGUUAAAAAAAUCCCCGACAUUAGGUGAAAGGGGAAUUUUUAGCUCGAAAGGCUUCCAGAUGAAGCAUGAAUGAAACUGGAAGCUGGAGUACACGUUUCAUUGAAGUCGCAGAACAUUAAGACAAUAGCUCGGAAGUCUUCCAGGGCGUUGUUGUCAUGUGAUGAACAAAAAACAUGAGUUGUUGAACUGAGGAAAGGGUUCAGACCUGUGCCAAAAAUCUCUGGAGUUCCUCCAUAAAGUUUGGUGACUAUGCAGGUAGUUUACAGCGGGGGGUCCUCGACCCCAACGCCGUCCCCGCGCCUGCAAAGGAAGGCCUAUCCGGGUGGGUACGGGCGGCCCAUGAUGCCUGGGUACAUGAUGGGACACCAGCCACACCAGGCGGUGGCCCAGCGGUCCCGCGAGAAGCUGACUGAAGGCGACACCAGCCUGCGGGACUCCAUCCCCGCCAUGAGCAAGCCGCUGGCAGUCACGUGUCUCAUCUUCAACAUCCUCCUCCCUGGACUGGGAACCUUCGUGUCGGGGCUGACAGUUCUGUGCGGGGCGCACGUGCGGCCACCGGGCGCCAGCCGGCGCGGGGUUGUGUGGGUAAACAGCGGUGUGGCGCUGCUGCAGUUCCUUCUCACCUUCCUCCUGCUGCUCGGGUGGAUCUGGAGCAUCAUGUGGGGUACAGCUUUCCUCACCAUCUCGGACGAAUAUUACAAGAAGAACAAAGGAAAUGGAGCGGCAGGGGCGCAGCCUACUCCGUCACCAACACCAGAGAAGAACCACCCUCCAAGAAACAGCAGUCCGACUUCUCCUCCGCACUCGGCCACCAGGGGGCGCCCAAACAAGCCUCCGGACAACGUCUCGGCGGGACAAGUGUCGCAGAGCAACGGACUGACGGUGGCCACAGUCGGGUGCGCACCCGGCGCCUCGCCAGACCUUUUCUUGGCGCCGUGCACGUCCAACGGACGCAGCCAGCCGAUGAUCGUGCUGCAGGAGGCGCCAGUGAGUGUGAACCAUCCCGACAUGCCGUGCGCUGUCCCCACCAGGACUCUCAUGCAUGCGCGCACGAGACACGAGAAAAUUUUGCAGCGACAGAUGUCGGACAACGAGCUGUCGCCGUUCAUUCUGACCCAUCAGAAACUAGAGGCCAUCGUGAUCCACGAUAUCCCGGUCUUGAGUAGACCCCCUCGCCCGCAGCUGUCGGCUGUGGAGGAUUCUGACCCCGACCUCACCCCCUUGCCCAAAGUAUGAGUCAGAAGGUCACGUGACCCGCGUCCAAGACACGUUUAUCCUCGGUGCUCAGGAAUAAGAUAUUCCUAAAAAUAACAGAGACCAAAUACCGCUUAUGAUUAAGUGUUUAGAAGUGAUUGUCAGCAAAGGACUAAUGUUGACGAAAAAAAGACAUUUCCACUGGUUUUUGUACUGUAGACAUGCGCCAUGUACCCUGUUCAAACUUUUUUUUUUUUUCCUGUUUCAAAGCGAAUGACUAAUGGCUACUUUCAACAUUCAUGCCGGCGUCUGUUUUCAGAGCGACAGGUGCGAUCUGAGUCUCUGAGUACUGAGUGAAAUCGUACUGCGUAGCAUGCUGAUAUAAUCUUCUCAUCCCUGCUUUUUACAAACAAACAACAACAACAAACAAACCGAAAUCUUUCAUUCUACGGCUUUUUAUAGUAGCUAGCAUGGCAGGCUAAAUGGCAGAAUUGUCCUCUAUGUCUAGUACACUUAGGGGUCUCUGUGCAGUGCGGAUCGUGUAUCUAAAACUGAUUGGCUCAUUAUGAGAGCGUGAGUUGUAUUCACUCGACAGUAUGCCUGCCACGUGACAUCGACACUGCCGUACAGGGGAUGCAUGCCGCGACUGAUCUCGUGGUAACCGGCAUGAAAAUCCACCAAAGGUUUAUUCAUCCCUUGAAAACAGGCCUCAGUGAGUCAGGGGAAGUCAUCGCAUGUGGGGUAGAAAAUGAUUUUAUGGUCAGAAGACAGGGUUAGCUCGGCGAACUUACUGAACGACUGCUUUACUUAGGACAUAAGUAACACAGACACAUCCUCCCUCUCUCUCUCAAAAACAGCAACACAACUCAAAAUUUUGUAACAUAAGUUGACAGACCGGUCUCCACUGCAUCGUUAACUUUUUUCUUGAGAGAACAUACGAGGAUCUUUUGGUAAGAAUUGAAUACGAUUGGAUAAGAGUCGAUAGGAGCUCAUUGUGAUAGCAUUAUUGUAUCACAUUCAUUCUCCAUUCAACGGAAGGGAAGAUACCAUUACACUCUUUGUACUGGGAAGGCAAUUGUAUUAAACACAGUAGUUUACAUUUCUGUAUACAUGUGAUAGUUGCGAAGCGGUCGUCAUGGCUACAGGAUGUGAUUGGAACUUUAUGAUCUGACGCAAAGAGUUAGGACUCGGCGCUCAACGGCUUCCAUCAUGUUCAGUGUGUCGGUGUGCUUGUCGCCAAGACAACCAGUACACCUCCAGACCCAACUCUGCAGACUUGUACUAAUUAUAAAAAUAAAAAUGAAAUGAAAUUAUAUCGAAAUAUUAUUUUUAAAAUCAACUAGUUUGCUCUCCUAUCAGCACAACUGGCAUGGUUACCAUGGAAAUAAUGUAAUAACAGUGCAGCAUUUCUCUGUGGCCAUGCUGUAUUAAUUGUAUUAACUGUUGAAAACUCUUAACAUUCGCACUGCAACAGUUGGUGUACUUUACCUAUAUAUAGAUGUAAAUAAGAGGCGGGGACUUCAGUUGAAUUCUCGUUACACAUACCUUGCGCCAUGCUUGUCGUGUAUGAACACUUAUUUUUCGACCAAUAUGACCAAUAUGAUUGAUGUUCCUUCCUGGUCUGAAUGUUGAUUAUGAUUGCUUGUUAAUGUGUGGCCAUUUCCCACUUGUCACUGAUCUAACCGCCUCUUCGAUGACCCGAUAUGGAAGAAAACUGAGAACCGGAAAGUUGUAAAACACGAUGGGAUGGACAUUGGGGCGCCAUCAUCACUAGCAGCACUAGCAGCAUCAUUGGGAUACAGGGAUCUCCCAUUAGCUGUAACGGACCUCCAAUCUGUAAUUUGUUCUUGUAUUGUUAGAAGCAUACAAAGUGAGAAGACAGGUGUCUUGGCUCAGCUCGAGCAGUUGAAAGUAGCGAUGUACCUCAUGACACCUGGCGCUGACUAGUCACCUCUCCUGCUUGCUGCCUCCUGUCCUGUAGGAAUAGCAAGCACGUGCUUACCUUUGUUCCUGUUCCUCAUAUUGUAGUCUUAUCACAAUCUUAAUAGAUGACAUUGAUUUUCGUUACAUAUUCUGUGACAGUUGACUCCACCUGUCAUUGUCAACCACUGCUAAAGUGUUCUUUGCGAGGAAUUGUAGAUAGUUUUCAUUAUACUCUUCUUCAGUUUUCCUUCUAAAAUAUGUCCAGAAGGCAGUGAGAACGGUGGUAAAAGAUUCCACGAUCAAAUAAAAUAUUAUAGACAUCCAUUUUCCAACAGACGUGUAGAGGAAUGAGCACGAUCACACAUCGUCGCGAUUGUUCUAGGAAAAUCGAUGACUAAAAAGUCAACAAACAAAACAACAGUUGUGAACAGAUGCUGUUAAACAUGUCAUUAGUAUACAUGGACGGGUUUUGUGGAUAGUCACUAGAAAGGUGUGAUCGUUGUUUAUUUGUAGAUAACUGCGUGUGCACAUGCGGCUGUGUGUAUGAGAGUAUGUGGGUGUUUGUGUGGUUGGGGGUGUGUGUGUGCGAGCGCAUGCACGCAAGUACCGGGUGUAAAGGUGAGAGAGAGCAGGCGGCUUGCCGGCUGACUCAGGUCCAACUGUUCUGUCACUCAGCCAAGUGCCAGUGGUGAGCUAGCUAGUCACACUGUUGCAAGCCAGCAGCUAAAGAUGGAUGUGGCAGGUCUGCUCCAGUCUCCAAGGAUGUAGGUACACGUAGAUCACGUGGUUUCCUGACAGUGCUCCUCACUACCCAUCUGUGCCUGCCUUUCCUGUGUCCGCAAGCUGUGUCACGCUUUCUUCAAUGUCUAGUCGACCUUCUUUUAGCAUCUUUAUCUGUUCACAGUACUUUCUGUUGGCAAAGAAUGUGGGCUGCUACAAAGCGUGGUUUUAUUUAACUUGAAAACAUAAAAUAAAUACAAUAUUAUCAAUCAGAAAUCAGCAGGUCAAUAGUUUAAUGAUCGUGUUCAUCCACAAGCAAUAACAGCUGUUGAUGCCUUUUGCCCAUAAAGUGCAGGCCGUGCGGUGGUCAUAAAUCAAAUCAGACAUUUUAGGUAAAUUAUUUGAGCUCACCGAGAGCAAACAUCUCGUUCUGAACAUUUUAAAUUGCUUUUGUUAGCCCUUGUCGCCGUUUCCCACAGUGACCUAUUCAAGGGAAAGAACUGAACUAGAACAAAGAUACUAAAUACUGUACUAUAUAAUAGGGUUAGGGUAUAUAUAGUAUUUACUAUCUUUGGCUGAAUUAUGUUCCAUUGUGGUAUAUUUGAAAGCUGAAAGAAAAAAUUCACAACUGACCAUUGUAUUUCAAAUUUCGUGCCAACAAUAAAGUUCUAGUUAAACAGACA